AUGAUCUCACGUAAACAGGCUAUGUUUAUACCAUUAGGUAUAACAUGCAUUUUCAUAUUAUUAUAUUUGAAUUUCGAUCUAAUCUAUCCUCAGGGAAUUUCGAAUAUAUUCAUUUCCACAUCGCCUAUCAUCUAUGGGAAUUUCACAUGUGAAACAGCGGAAAACAUUUCGAAUCUAAAUGUUUCUAAAUAUCAUAAAUGUUUAAGUUGGAGUAUUGAAGAUGACUUUUGGCCUGUCGAAGGAUUACAUCAUAUAGCACAUAAAGGUCUAUUAAAUUCAUCUUCACUUAUUGUGGAAAUUGGUGGAAAUCGUGGACAUGAUACAGUUAAAUUUAUUGAACAUUAUGAUCCAUGGAUAAUUAGUUAUGAACCACUAGUAUUAAGGGCAAAAAGUUUAACUGAACAAUUUAAAACGAAUUCAAAAGUGAAAAUUCAUCCAUAUGGACUUGGUAGUUAUGCAAGAAAGUUUUUAAUUGACUCAAAUGAUUAUAAUAAUGUUGGUACAAACUUUUUUCAAAAGCUUUCUUCUAAAAAUUCAUCACAAACUGUACAAGUUGAAUUACUUGAUAUUGUUAAAAUUAUUCAAGAUAUAAGACGAACUAAAACAAAAAAUGGAAUAAUCGAUAUGCUUAGCUUAAACUGUAAAGGAUGUGAAUUUGAAAUUCUGCCAGCUUUAAUAUUAAAUAAUAUGACGCAAUAUUUUCGAACUAUUCAAUUCUCUACACAUUUGGGACUUAUACUAGAUGCAUCAGUAUCAUGUAUUUAUUGUCAAAUUGAAGUAGCUUUGGAUAAAACACAUGAAACUUUAUAUCAUUAUACUAAGAUAUGGGAAGGAUGGGUACUGAAGAAUAAAACAGAAAACUGA